GCUUGAACACAACAUAAUUACUCGUACUUCUACAUCGAAAAUCUGAAAUUGUAAGAGAAAAAAAAGAAACGAAAAGCGUUGCAUUAUCUUAGUAUAACGAAAAAUAACAAUAAUCGCAAAAGAUUGACCAAAACCGAACAGUCGGUUUUAUUGACAAAUGUGACGUUCAUGGUUAGAGUUAACCUCUCGCAAUUUGGUUCACCGACAGAAGUCUUGAAAAACUCGAGGACUCGAAUAUCAAUGUACGAGCGAAGAUCGCAGACCGUGUUAAUUAUAAAUGCGAUGCGAAUACAGAAAGAAAACCUAUCUAAUUUACGAUGUCUAAGGAUUUAAUUCUCGAUGUGACGAGUAACACACACCUCACAAUUUCUCGUACCGGAUAAAAGGAAGUUAACCCCACUUUCGCGCGGGAUUAUCACGAAUUUAGAGCGAUAGAUGUCGCCCUGUUCACAUCCGGUAAUCUCGGCGCGCAGAAAAGAAGUGAGAGAACAAUUAUUUGCUCCGGAGACUUGAGAGAGGAGGAAUUCAUUUGUUGUCCUUGGACAGAUACGGACGUGUUUCGACAGGUUUUCACGCGUGAAUUGAUGUUUGGAUUAUGCAGAAACAAAGGAAAGCAUUAUGGCCGAUUGGUUGGGGUUGAGCCAAACCAAAUGUCGAUUAAAGGAAGAAAAAAAGGAAAAAUGGUGAAGGCAUUAUUUAUACUAAAUUGUCGUCAAUUCAAUAUAACUACACGACAAAAUGACAAUUCUGUGCACAACCUAUCUGAAUAAUGUGUGUAAUUAUCGAUUUAUGGACAAAACCUAUACAAGAUAGAGGUCUUUUUUGUCAUAUUCACAUCAAGCAUAUUUUUUAUGUUUUUUUGUUAGAGAAUCAGCAUAAAUCUUUCUUUUUCUAUUUUCUUGGAGAAAGCGUGGGAGAGAACAUCACGCCUAUCCUCGGUUCACCCGCAACAAGUGUUCCCUAAUCGAUAUCACCCUGCGAGAAGACAGAAUCUUUCAACGAGGUGUACAGUUCCAGGAAUUCAAUCCAUCUUGUUGCCAGCGGUCGUAUAUUAUAUUGUCUCAUCAUGUCAGUGCCAUCGCUGCGGCGGAACCGGCGGCCGUCCACGGGGACAUGGUCCAGGAGGUCCUCGCAGCCAGCACCGCCGAGUGGUGAUCGUCAGCUCUCUCUCGCGAAGCGGAACGACGGUGUUUCUCGCGGUAAUGUGCCGCAGGGUGUGAAGAGGGUGCCGCGUUACGUCACGCCCAGGAACAUCUAUGGGCCGUAAACGGUGGUGGCGAGGAGGUCUGGUGGAGCUGCUGGUGCUCUGUGUCCUCCACCACGUCGUCGUUCUCACUGACGGCAAUGUCGGAUGCCUAUUCAGUGAGAACAUAUGUGAUCCCGAGGCGGAAAAAUGCUUUGACGAUUUUGCGUUCGGCAAAUGUAUACCUCGGUAUACGAAUUUAGAAAACGACGAUUCAUAUCGAUACAAUCUCGAUGCCGGUGAAUUGGAGUUAUUAAGACUGCAACUAGAGAGACUGGAAUCCGAUGAGUACAAGUGGCAGCAUCCCUUUACACAAUGUACUAUGCAAACCUCGUUAUAUAAUCUCCGACGUGGGCGAGACGAUCUCCGCGAUAUCCGCCUCUGCGAAUAUCUGAAGAAAUCAGAUCUCGAUGAACAAAAUGAACUUAUUGACAAGGUAAUUCCGGUCGCCAUACUAAGAAUAUCCCCGGACAAUGAGACUCCCGAGAGUAAUUUGGCCGAUAUUCUAUAUCGCUCCGCGGAUAUCGAGAAUAAGUCACCGACUUUCUAUGGCGAACAAGAAUUACUGCCGUACAAUUGGCAAUCCGUUGGACCUGCUUACAGAACUGAAUAUAGAACUGAUAAGAACGAGCAGGGUUUGGUUAAUGACGCGGAAUACAACGAGUAUGAAAAAUACUCGCCGAAUGACGUAAGCGAACGAUUGUAUCCGCGCAGGAUGCGUCGUUAUAGCUUUAUUGACGGAUACAAAAAUGAUGAUAUCGAGCCACUUGAGGAUGUAGGAGAGAUAUCGCCCGAAGAUGUCAAUGAUAACGACGACAAAAACCUUUACGACACGCAACUUUUGCCCGUCGACGAAUAUGAAAUUUUGUCAAAUGAGAAAUCGCCGGAUUAUACAUUGCUGGAACCUUUUUCCGACGACGAGAGGAACGAGAGGGAGUACGAGAGAGCGUUUUCAAAGAAAUAUAAGCACCGAAAGAAACCACCGCAAUUUGAAUUUCUUGACUCCGACGUAUCGACGAAGGAUAACGAAAAGAGGACGGUCGUCGGACGCGAGGGUGUUGACUACGAGGACGAUGGAGCCGAUGAAAAUAAUUCGGCAGAGAUCGAGAGAGCCGAUGAUCCGAAAAUAGGCGGCAUGUACACCGAGGGAGGAAUCGUAUCUUUGAAACAUAAAGCUGACGCGAGUGGGACUACGUACGACGAGAUGUACAACGACAACGAUCUGGACGCGCUUCUAUGGAGACGAGAAUUGGCUGGCUUCAAGCGCAGAGAACGUUUGGAUGUUAAGAAACCAGGACCGUUAUUCUCAACGAAUAAUUACGCAUUUAAAACCCAAUCUCCGCCUAUUUCUCUUGACAAUGAUUAUUCCGUGGCGGACAAUCAGGAUAAUAAUGAAGUUUACGCACCGUUAACAAAAAAAGAACUACGUGGUACAUACAAAGCGAACGAGGAUCCUUCACGAACUUAUAAAAACGUUGAUUUGGAUUAUGUUUAUAUCAUGUUUGAACAAACAUUGCACACGUGGCCCGAAGGAGAACACGUGGUUGAAAAGAUCGAAGACCUCUUAGGAUUGCCUCCUAAGACUUUGAGAGACAUACGAGUAGGCCGCGCAGAAGUAACAUUCAAGGUCAUUCCAAACGAGAAAAAUUAUAAUGCUACUGACAUCGUCAACAAUAUCGAUAGCAUACGUGGCGAAUUACAAGAUGCACUAGGAGUCAGAGUCAUUCGAGCGGGUAUAGGCGACAAGGCUAAAUUACCAGCCACCUUGGAAAUUGCCAGGAGAAAUGAGAUGAAUUCUAGCUUGUUCAGUGCGUUAGUGGCUGCCGGUGUCGCAGCCGCAAUCGCGGCCGCGGUGGUUACACUGAUAAUCGCACGUCGUCACGCCAAGUGUCGAGCAAAACUCGCCGGACUGACCACCCCGGACCCGGAGGCGUCCAAGGACUAUCAAGAUUUGUGCAGGGUGAGGAUGCAGGCGAAGCAACCGAGCGAGAAGGUGGAAUCGCCGCGUAUCACGAGCUUGUCGCGCGAAAGCGAUUGUAACUUGCCUUCCAAUCGCUCCAGCACGUCCUCCUGGAGCGAAGAGCCCACCUUCUCCAACAUGGACAUAGCCACUGGUCACAUGGUUCUCAAACUUGAAAUCUUGCAGAGUUAUAUGGAGGAUCAUUUGAAGAACAAGGAUCGUCUGGAUCAGGAAUGGGCGGCGUUGCGUGCCUACGAAGCCGACCCGUCGUCCACGGAGAUUGCGGAGAGCGAAGCGAACUUCCAACAGAAUCGUUCCGGCGCGGCACUUCCCUACGAUCAUUCUCGGGUAGUUCUGAACGAUCUUGCGAAUGCCAAUAAUUCCGACUACAUAAACGCUUCCACAAUCAAGUCGACGGAUCACGAUCCCCGAAAUCCGGCUUACAUAGCCACGCAAGGGCCGCUACCGCAGACCACGGCUGAUUUCUGGCAAUUGGUUUGGGAACAAGGCAGCGUGGUGAUUGUGAUGCUGACGCGACUCACCGAAGAGGGCCGCGCCAUGUGUCACCGUUACUGGCCCGAGGAAGGAUCGGAGCUCUAUCACAUCUACGAGGUGCAUCUGGUGUCGGAGCAUUUCUGGUGCGACGAUUACUUGGUGCGCUCCUUCUAUCUAAAGAAUCUGCGCACCUGCGAAACCCGCACCGUUACGCAAUUCCACUUCCUGUCUUGGCCGGAGAACAGCGUACCGUAUUCCACGAAGGCUCUACUCGAGUUCCGCAGGAAAGUUAAUAAAUCAUAUCGUGGAAGAUCAUGUCCGAUAGUCGUGCAUUGCAGCGAUGGAGCUGGACGAACCGGAACUUACUGCUUGAUUGACAUGGUCCUAAAUCGGAUGAUAAAGGGAGCGAAGGAGAUCGAUAUCGCCGCCACUCUCGAACAUAUUAGGGAUCAGAGACCCGAUAUGGUUGCUACGAAACAACAAUUCGAAUUUGUUCUGAUGGCAGUGGCGGAGGAGGUGCAUGCGAUCCUCAAGGCUUUGCCGGCACCACCCGAGAAACCUGCCGCGGCGAGCGGUUCCUCGCCACCCGUGAAAUCGGAACAGUGAAGCUAAACGCUCGCAAUGUGCGAAUUCAACCCUAAACAGUAUCAAGAAAUCUGAAUGAUUUCUAUUUUAUUUCAAUGAACUUAGAGAGCAAGAACUUUGUCAUUUCUUUGCAUUUUUUCUUAUAAAUUCAAAAGGUUAUAUUUUUUAAAAUAUUUAUUGGAGCUGAUACUUUUAUAAUUUAAGAGGGAUAUCGAUGUACGAUAAAUUCAGAAUGAUAUUGAACAAUUAUAUCUAUUAUUUGUACUAUUCGGGGUUAAAAUCGCAGUUGAGACGCGAGUAAGAGAUAAGAGGUAUAUCUAUUCCAUUUAUUUCAAUGUGUCACGGGUAAGCUAAGUACUUUUACUAGCUGUUUACUACGAUGUACCCUACCGAGGAGUAUAUAAAGAGCGAAUUAAGUUUUUUUUUCUUUUUUUUUUUCAGUUAAAAUUUUCUACACGCUCGGUACUUCCCGAUUAAUGCACCUUCGCGUGUCAUUAGUUUUAGAGUGCACCAAAAACGUGAGCUUCUUCUUUCGUAUUCCGACUAUUGUAUUUCUCCGAAGCGCGAGAAAAGAAUGAUAGUCAAACUUUUAGAUCGUGACAAAUAUAUAUGAACGUAAUAACCAAAGUUUGCAGUAUUAAGUUAAACAAUCUAUAAAGAGGAGAGGAAAAAGUAAGAACGAGAGACUUGAAGAAACGUAUAUAUACAUACAUAUGUUGAGAUAAUCUCAAGUGUGGUGUAUUAUUUUUGUCUUAUCGCUACUCUAUAAGGUGAUACCGUUUUAUUAUCAUCGCGUACAUCCCUUUCUGCUCAUUCAGACGCGGCCUAUUUCAAGGAUCAAGUACCUGCAAAAGAGAACAGAUGACAGAUGCAAAUAUAGACACGAGACACGGUUUGCUACAUACAAAUAUAUCAACGACUAAGCUCUAUUACUGUGCGAUCGAUCGGUGAUACAACGGAACAUUUUAUACUAGUAGAGUCUAUCUAGUCACUUCGUUUAGCGUUAAACGCGGCCGUUUGAGAUCGCGGAACUUUAUUCAUUUGAUACAAGAAUUGCACACGGUAUUAAUAAUUGUGAAUUCAACGAUCAGAUUGGCUGUGUUUAACAUUAAAUAUGCGACAUAAAUAUUCUGAUUCGGGAAUUUCAUUGUCUGUCGAAAAAAUGUAUUAUCUUUCGAAAGAUAGGAAAUGAGUCUUCUAAGGAAUAUCUCUAUAAAAUCAAGAAAUUGUAUCGAAUUUUAAUAGUUUAAAUGUACCAUACCGGCUCAGUCUAGUCAUGCUUAAUUAAUUUUACUUAUUUGCAAAACACACAUUUGCACAACAAUCUAUUCUUGCGUGUACAUAAUAUUUAAAUACGUGUGUACACCUCAAUUGAAUUGCAUUAAUGUGCCCUUCGACUAACGUGCUUUAAAAUAGCUUUAAAACUUUGGAUGAAUCUUUCAACACUCGGAGAAAGAAUCGGUAAAUAAUAAUCAACGGAAACCAAUCAGCUAAGUCAAUUGCAUAAUACCAAAAUAUAUAUACAUAUGUGAGCACAAAUCUAUUUUAAUGCAACAGAUCGAAACACAAUUUUGUUCUCGUUUUUAUAAAAGAAAAACUAAUAUAUUCUGUAUAUUUAUUUUUUAUAGAGAUUUUUUGACUUACUAGUCAAAGUAUCAAAUAUAUAUCGAGCUUUUGUUACGUCAUAGAAUUAUCAGGAACGUGUUUAAAGAACACGUGGAUGAUCGAUCGGACAGCCACAAAUUGUUACACGAAUUCGCGUAAGAAGCGCAUUUAACAUAAUUGUGCAAUUAAAACAACAUUUUACUUUUCGAAAGUUAUUAUAAGAAAAUUGGCUUGGUGUUUUAAAAUAUCGUAUGUGCGCGAUCGUUUCGAUGGAGAAUUAUAUAUAGCUUGAUGAACGAUGUUAAAUGGUGCAGAUUAUAUACGUAAAUAUAUAAUAAAUCCAUGCUUGGAGUAUCCAGGCGUAUUGUAUCAGGGUUCAGUUCUGUGUUUGGCGAUUGGAAACUCGUAUUAUAUUGCGAAACUUUUAUUCUAUAUAUUCUAAUUCGAUCGUUAAUUUUUUUCCCGCAAAUAUAUUCUAUGUACAUAUCUAUUUAAUAACGCAUCUAUUUAUUAACUCGCCGAAAAAUAUUAAUUUUUAAAAGAGAGAACAGUAUCUUAAUUUUAAAUAUAUCUUUAAACGACAUCGUGAGAAAUUGAUAUCGAGUAAAAUCAGAACUGAUAUCAAUUAAAUUUUCGCAAGCCUAUGUAAUCAAUUGCACGUGAUAGCGUUGUGAAUAUUAUUUGCGAGAGAAUUUCGAAAGAGGCAAGAGAACACUGAUGUACCUUGAAACUGUGUCAAACUUCGCUUGAUCACUGCAACUAAGUUUGAUUAGCCUUCUUUAGCACCGACUCACAAAACAGAUUCUAUAUUUUUAUGUAAAGGGGAUGAAUCUAUAUAUUAAAAAAAUGAAA